AAUAGUCGUGGACUUCAUCUCUCACCGACUCAGAGUGCCGCCAUGGCAUUUACGCGGAAGUCAAUGGCCUGCUACCCCGUCAUGAUUGAUGGCAAGAUUAUACCUUCGGUAACCCACUAUAAGUUUCUCGGAGUCACCAUCGACCGUGACUUAUCUUGGUCGAAACACAUCUCUGCAUUGAGAAAAAAGCUGGACAGCUUUGCACAAAUCAUUCGACAUAUGUCUGGAAAAUCGUGGGGGCCAUCCCAAUCAUCUCUUCUGCAGCUCUACCAGGCACUUUUUGUUGGAUACCUCUGCUACAGCGCACCUGUACUUUCUGGGAUUAGUUCAUCUGCCCUCCGCACACUUGAAGGCACUCAGGCUCGCGCACUAAGAAUUUGCCUAGGGCUACCACAAUGUACUUCCACAUGGCGCACUAUUGCAGAGGCAUGCGCAUGCCCAGCUCGAGUGUAUCUGCAACAUGAGCCAAUGCGAGUGCAUUUAAGGCUACUGACAAGGCAUAGGAAUCAUUCACUGACAAAUACCUCUUCCGCGGCAGCUUACACGGUGCCUCCAAAGGGGAUUACACAGCGGUUGAAGAUAGGACACAAAACAUCGUCUACAGCAGCUGAGUUGACCGGUAUUCGAGAAGCAGUCCGCUGCGUAGUACGACAAAACCUCGCUAACUGGACAGUGUUCUGCGACUCGAAACCGGCGCUGCUUACUGAGGCGUCUCAAUCCGGACAUACCAUUGCACUGCAGUGGAUUCCCAGCCACUGUGGAAUAGCCGGAAAUGAGCAGGUUGACGCGGAAGCAAAAAUGGCGCACACUGACGGGAAGAUUAUAAAACUUCCCUUUUGCCGUUACGACAUCAACGCCUUGCUACACAACUCCAUCAAAACGUCUAUGGAGCGACAAUGGGACAACCCCGAACAUCGACAAGAGCGCCUCUAUAGACUUGACGCCGGUUUGCGAUUCCGACUUCCACUUCGGAUGCGGAGAGGCCAGGAAACACUUAUCCAUCGAUUACGGCUUGGUGUGGCGUACACUCGCAAAUACCUUCACAAGAUUGGACGAGAACGGGACCCUGCUUGUAGCGUCUGUCACACUCCCGAGACAAUAGAACACAUACUUUGCGUGUGCCCUCAAUAUGCGACCGAGCGAAGGACACUAAAACGUAGCGUUGACUGUUUGAACUCCCGCCCCUUUUCGGAAGCCAAGGUUUUAGGCGGACGGAUACCCAGAGGCACACAACAAGUAGCCGAAGUUCCUGUCUACAAGUCGAGGAAACACUGA